UCGAUCCCUGGCACGGCAGAUCCUGUGCUUUCUUGUCAACACCGUACACUCUUGUUUCGUUACCGAGCCUUACUUUCUUCACACCAGAAUGUCCUUGUCCCAGAGCUCCGACGUCCCAAUCCUCGCGGGAGGUUUUAUUACCUUGGAUACCGUCAAGCAUCCUACAAAUACUAUUAACCGUCGUACCAAGAUUGUUUGUACCAUUGGACCCGCCUGCUGGAAUGUCGAUCAGUUGGAAAUACUGAUUGAAUCGGGCAUGAAUGUGGCGCGCUUUAACUUUUCGCACGGUGAUCAUGCAGGCCAUGGCGCUGUUCUCGAACGAGUACGUCAGGCUGCACAAAACAAGGGCCGAAACAUUGCUAUUCUAUUGGAUACCAAGGGACCGGAGAUUCGUACCGGUUUUUUUGCCAAUGGCGCUUCCAAGAUUGAACUGGUCAAGGGCGAAACAAUCGUAUUGACGUCGGACUAUAAGUUCAAGGGCGACCAGCAUAAGCUGGCUUGUUCCUACCCCGCCUUGGCACAGUCUGUAACACAAGGACAGCAAAUUCUAGUGGCCGAUGGAUCGCUCGUGUUAACGGUUCUCCAAACGGACGAGGCAGCCGGUGAAGUGUCCUGCCGGAUCGACAACAAUGCAUCGAUGGGCGAACGCAAGAACAUGAAUUUACCCGGGGUCAAGGUGGACCUGCCCACCUUCACCGAAAAGGAUGUGGACGAUAUCGUCAAUUUCGGAAUUAAGCACAAGGUUGACUUUAUUGCGGCCUCGUUUGUUCGCAAGCAGUCCGAUGUGGCUAACUUGCGCCAGCUGCUGGCCGAAAACGGUGGUCAGCAAAUUAAAAUCUGUUGUAAAAUUGAGAACCAAGAAGGUCUGGAAAACUACGAUGAAAUUCUGCAGGCAACCGAUUCCAUCAUGGUUGCUCGCGGUGAUUUGGGUAUGGAAAUUCCUCCAGCUAAGGUCUUCUUGGCCCAAAAGAUGAUGAUUCGUGAAGCGAACAUUGCGGGCAAGCCCGUCAUUACUGCCACUCAAAUGUUGGAAUCAAUGAUUAACAACCCUCGUCCGACUCGUGCCGAGUGUAGUGAUGUCGCCAACGCAGUCUUGGACGGCACUGACUGUGUAAUGCUUUCCGGAGAAACCGCCAACGGCCCAUACUUUGAAGAGGCUGUUAAAGUCAUGGCGCGAACCUGCUGCGAGGCCGAAAACUCACGCAACUACAAUUCGUUGUAUUCUGCCGUGCGUUCUUCUGUCAUGGCCAAGUACGGCAGUGUACCACCCGAAGAAUCUUUGGCUAGUUCUGCCGUCAAGACGGCGAUUGAUGUCAACGCUCGCUUGAUUCUAGUUCUCUCCGAAAGCGGAAUGACGGCUGGGUAUGUGAGUAAAUUCCGUCCGGGAAGGGCUAUUGUUUGCUUGACACCAAGUGAUGCCGUUGCUCGUCAAACGGGUGGAAUUCUGAAGGGUGUGCACUCCUAUGUCGUGGACAACUUGGAUAACACGGAAGAGCUCAUCGCGGAGACUGGCGUUGAGGCGGUGAAGGCGGGCAUCGCUAGCGUGGGUGAUUUGAUGGUUGUAGUCAGUGGAACUCUUUACGGCAUCGGAAAGAAUAAUCAGGUUCGCGUUAGCGUUAUCGAGGCUCCGGAAGGUACCGUGAAGGAGACAGCAGCUGCAAUGAAACGCCUUGUAUCUUUUGUAUACGCCGCGGACGAAAUUCCAGGAAAUGCCGACUAGAUACACAGAGAAGUUUAGAGAAUCUGGAGUAAAGCUACAUCUUAAAAAUAUAAAAGUGUGACAAAGGCUGCAAAUAAAUAUGCGGGG